AGCGAGACCGAGAGUGAGCGAGUCCCUGGCGAGUCGUCGGCUAACGUGUGCGCGUGCAUGAUGCGUGCGUGCACGAGACGCCGGCGAACCGCGCAGAGCGAGAGCGCUACCGUAAUUUAGGCACAGAGCCACCGCGCGCACAAGCGAAGCUGCGAAACACCCUCGCGUCCUCACCGCACGGAGUUUGCUUUCCUGAAACUUCACCGCUCACGAGUCCGACGGCACCAUGGGAGGCAAGCUGAGCAAGAAGAAGAAGGGCUACAGCGUCAACGACGAGGCCGGCAAGGAGAAGGACGCCAAGGCCGCCGGGGAGGAGAGCGAGGCGGCGACCGGGGACGCCACCGCUGCCACGCCCACCGCCGACGGCAAGGAGGCUAACGACACGGCGGCCAAGGAGGCCCCCGCCGCCACCGAGCCCGAGAAGAACGACGCCAAGGAGCCCGAGAAAAACGACGCCGCUGCCGCAGAGCCCCCGGCCGCCAAGGAGGCGGAGCCCGCCAAGGCCGAGGAGAAGCCCGCCGCCAAGGAGGCGGCCCCGCCCGCCGCCGCCGUCAAGGAGCCUGAGCCGAAGGCCGCCGCCGCGCCGACCCCCGCUGCCGCUGCGCCCGCCGCCGAGAAGAAGGACGAGGCCGACGCUAAGAAGACGGACGCCCCCGCGGCUCCAGUGGUGAAGGCCGAGGCGCCGCAGCCCGCCGCCGCCGCAGCCCCCGAGCCCGCCGCAGCUCCCGCCCCCGCCCCCGCCGCAGACCCCGCCCCCGCCCCCACCCCCGUCGCCGCAGCCGCGCCCGUCGCCAACUCCACGCCGGCGCCCGUCGCCCCUGGCGACGCGAAGGAGCCCGACGCCACGGAGACGCCCGGCGCCGAGAAGAGCGUCGCCGUCCCAGAGUGACGGACAGCUGUCACUCAGCCCCUCUCCCCCCCCCCCCCCUCCGUGAAACAACCACAGAAU